AAUAAGCACGCGUCCCUUCCUCAUCUGUCCGCAGGGUUUAGGGUUUUUAAGUAUAGUUCUCUGUGCUCAAUGCUCGCACGGAAUUCACGAUGAAGGUGAAAGUGAUAUCACGCUCCACAGAAGAAUUCACUAGAGAACGAAGCCAAGAUCUUCAGAGAGUCUUUCGCAAUUUCGACCCAAAUCUUCGAUCUCAAGAGAAAGCAGUCGAGUAUGUUCGCGCUCUUAAUGCAGCUAAAUUAGAUAAGAUAUUUGCUCGGCCAUUUAUUGGAGCAAUGGAUGGGCACAUUGAUGCAGUCUCGUGUAUGGCAAAAAACCCUAGUCACUUAAAGGGAAUAUUUUCUGGUUCUAUGGAUGGAGGUAUAAUUUUCUUUUUUAUCUAUUUUUUGAUUUAA